CUGUGUCGGUGGAGGUACGGCGACCGCUUGUGCCGCUUAGCCCGUGGUCAGAACCAAAACUACUGCCGUCGCUUUCACACGCGUUCUCCAUUGACGUUUCACUUUUUGCAUUCACACGAUUUCUUCGUGUAAACAUUAUUUUUAAUGUAAAAUAUCGUUUUCAAUAUAUAUUUUAUUUUCACGAAUUUUAUUCGUCGUGUAUAGUUGAAAUUAUUACCGUGUAUCCAUUGAUAUAAACAUUAUCACAUUAUCAGUGACGUUGGAUGCUGCAGUGGCAUCGUCGAAUGCGGAGGAGAUAACGAUACUACUCGACCGUUCUUCAUUGUUAUAUUGCUUCUUCGAUACUUCAUAAAUCUUAAGGAAUAGAUGUUGCCAAAACUUUUUAUUGUAAGAAAUGCCUGGAUUGAAAGAUAUGUCGAUGCAUCACCAAGGAACAAAUAAAAGAGAAGUAAAUGAAAAACCAAUAAUGCCUUACCAUCGAAACAGCGUGAAUUCAAACGGAUACUCUACAGAUCAACAGAGUAUCAUUCAUGUUGAAGAAAGAAAUGAAGCGGGCGGUGGUGAUGAUAGCAUUGCUCCGACCUAUGUCAUCGAACAUUUGGCGACUUUUACUGUAUCUAAAAAUACGGGUAUAGUUUAUCCGGCUGAUGGUAUGCGACGAUUAUUGCAAUUGGAAAAGUCCAAUGGUAUUUGGUCGCAAAAGAUGCAACUUCGACUCGACCAACAAUGGGUGAUGAUAAUGGAUUUUGAAACGGGUGUGGUAAUGGAAAGAUUCCCCAUUUCAUUAGUAAAAGAACCAACUGCGUUCACAAGUAACGACCCCAUGGAAAUCUAUAACAACAUUUUGGUUUUUGUUGUUGGUCAGGUUGAUUCCCGAUCAGAAAUGCACAUAUUUCAAUGCCAAAGUAUACCAGCUCAGGAGCUAGUCGAAGAUUUGAAGCUGUUAAGAUCUGGCAAAGGUAUUAGUAGGAAGACUAGACACAUGCCACCUCCACCUCCUUCAAAUCCACCUCCCUUAAACGGCGUAAGCGUUCGUGAACAAGUAUCCGUAUUUAAUGCAGUUGCUCACCAUUCUGACAGUACUGCCAGAGUAGACGAUGAAACAAGUUCAACUUCGAGUGAAAAAUAUGAAAGAGAUGUAAUUGUACUUAACCAUUGCUUUGAUGAUAUUGAGAAAUUUAUUGCUAGAUUACAACAUGCGGCAGCUGCAUCUCGUGAACUUGAACGUCGAAGAAGGAAUAGAAAAUCGAAAAAGAAGGACAUUGGAGAUGGUAUGCUAACAAUGCGAGCUAAGCCUCCUCCAGAAAUUGAAUUUGUUGAUAUUUUUCAAAAGUUCAAGCUGUCAUUCAACCUCUUAGCAAAAUUAAAAGCUCAUAUUCAUGAUCCUAAUGCACCAGAACUCGUUCAUUUCCUGUUUACACCAUUGGCAUUAAUUGUGGACGCCUCGCAUGAUACCCAUUACAAACCGAACAUACCGUCUAGGGUAGUUUCGCCUUUACUCACCCGAGAUGCCAUUAACUUAUUAAUGAAUUGUGUGACCAGUAAAGAAACUGAACUGUGGCACUCCCUUGGGGAUGCUUGGCUUAUACCCCGAGAACAAUGGAAAGGCUAUGUAGCUCCUUACCACCCAAUAUUUAUGGAUGGUUGGUCACCUGAAUAUCCGAUUCCAGUGUCAUCUUCUGAAGCUCUUGUUGGUCCUGUAGAACACAAAAAGUCGAGAGAAGAAAUAAAAAAUAUCCACCCUGAGGGAGAGUUUCGUGAUGGUCCAUACCAUCACAGGGACCGACAACAUGGAGUUGGUGAUGAUAGUAGCGAUUAUUUUGAAUAUGAACAUGAACAACCAACUGGUAUUAUGCAGGGUAUAAGACCACACUACACCUAUAAUUCUGGUCACCCUGAACAGUUUAAUUCAGAAGAUAGAGAUGAUUCACACAGUUUAGAAGGAGAAUCAGAGCCAGAUUUCAACACAUUAUCUUUACAUAGUCCACCUAGAAUGGAAAAAGAGCGAGUCGAUGUAGCAGCUCGUAGUGAUAUAUCUGCUGAUUCUAUUGAACGCAACAUGACAGCUGGUGGACCUAGUAGUGAACGAUUUGAAAGAGCCCAAGCUAGAUGGUUAGAAGAUAUGAGAAAUCGUGGUGUCAAGAUUGUUCAAGUCACUUACCCAAGAACUGCUAACAAUGAUAAAGAACUCUCAGUCAUUCGUGGUGAAUUAUUAGAAAUUCUGGAUGAUAGCAGAAAGUGGUGGAAAGCUCGCAAUAGCCGUUCACAAGUUGCUCAUGUGCCUCAUACCAUAGUUACACCAUUUAACCCAAUGUUAGAUUCUAGUGAUGUAUUUACUAAUCCAGUUUAUACAAAAGGAUAUGACAAAAGAUCAGCUUCACAAUCUCACAAUUAUUCUGUACAGGAGUCAAUGAAAAGUGAGUUUGUUGAUCAGAGCAUAAGUUCAGAACAAUCUAGGAGUGGUAAUUCUGUACCACAAUCAGGUCCAGCACCAGCUGAUUGGGUACGUAAAGAGAGAAUUGGUAAAAAAGGAGAAUUCCGUUAUUUUUGAAAAAAUGUAUAACAAGCUUCAAUAUAAUAGUGAGUUGCCAUCAUACUUAAUUGGCAUCAAGAAAUUGAUAUUGCAUCUAAUGUUUAUCAUAAUUAUUAUUAAAUGUUCAAUAUAUAUAUAUAUAUAUACAUUAAUAAAACUUUUCAUAUUAAUUUGUUACACAUUUUAUUUUUGUUUUGUGAAUAACUGAUUAUACAUGUACUGUUUAAAUAUAUUAUAACAUAUUCUUAUGUUUUGUAACUAUAAUUUGUAUUUUAAAAAUCUCUGUUAAAUUGCAAGUAUUAUUGAUAUGUUUAAUAAAUGGUUUGUAUUAAACUUUAUCUAAAUUUAAAAAUAUUUGUUGAAAAUUUUGAAAUGAAAUACCAAUCAGAUAGGUAUUUCAUAUUAUAACAUAGAUUUUAUAGAAUAUAUGUAUGUUUUACUUAAUAUAAAA